ACAUGCGCGGGCCCGCUCCCUGACCCACGCCACGGCACCGCGCCCCUUCUCAAAGGCUCGUGCCCGCGGGAGUGCCACGCUGACGCCCGAGCUCUCAGAGGUGGUGGUGGGCACGGAGUUCCUGAAGAGACACGUCAACAGCACGUGGAUGAGGAAUUAUCGACAGCUGGUGGAACUACAGCAGGUGGAACGUCUGUGCCGCGGCGAAGACCUGAGACCGGUACAGGUAACGUCUCAGCUGACAUGCCGCUACAUGGCAGGGAACAGCGCUUGGCUCCUGCUUGCUCCUUUCAAGGUGGAAGUCCUCUCUCUAGAUCCUUAUAUCACCAUCGUGUACGAGGUCAUGAGGCCGCGAGAAGCUGAAGAGGUCAAGGCUAAAGCAGGUCACCUUCUGCAAACGCCGCAUAACCCGGCUUACGGCACCAGUGAGAACGGGACCCAGAGUGGCUGGACGCUGAAACACACGUGGCUUCAGGACAAGGACGAACCUGCUCUCCAGAACGUGGGUUUUCGACUGAGUCAGCUGAUCGAUGUGGUGGUGGACGAUGCUGCCUCCGAGCCUUAUAUGGUCGCGAACUACGGCAUGGGCGGCACAUACGAGGCACACAGGGACACCCACGGCCCAGCCAGGAGACCUCACAGCGAGAAGGCUGGUGAGCGACUGGCUACCCUGUUAACCUACGUGGAGGCGCCGAGAGCAGGCGGGCGCACUGUGUUUCCUUGGGUGGGGGUCGGCGUCACUCCUGCAGAAGGCGCGACAGUCAUCUGGUGGAAUCUCCUGGCUUCUCACGAGCAUGACUUCCUCACGCGUCAUGCAGCCUGCCCGGUUCUACGAGGACAUAACGUGGAUCGUCAACAAGUGGGUCGGAUACAAAGCACAGUGGAAGAAGCACCCAUGCCCUGUCGACCCAGCGAACAAGAUACGGUUGCCUUCAGCCUAACAUCAGUGAUUUCAUUUUAAAUGCAAGGUACAUAUAUCCUGAUAUUCAUUUAUAUUUG